ACAGGGAAAGAUCUCAAUUAAUGAUAAGCACUUAUUUUUAUCUAUCCCAUCGCAGAACGAAGUGCCUGCCCUCCCCCUACUUGUCGAGUAUUGAGUUGAGAAAGAUGACAGGCAUGCAGGUGUUGUGUAAGUAGCGUAGGCGUUGUAAAAAAAUAACAAAUGUCCCCGGUACUGGGUACACAGUGUGUGUAUGAAGCACCGGGAGCCGGAUUUUCUCACAGUCGAGUGUUGGGAGGCGAGAGAAGACCCACGAGAGGAAGGUUCUCUCCAACGCGACUCUUCCUACAACUUUGGAUACAGGUAGAAUUUCAGUGAAACAAAACACCUACAGUCCAACAACAUGACGCUGGGGACAGUUUGUGCUCUCCUCGUCCUGUGUUUCUCAGCGUUAUCCGGCGCUGCGGACACCACUAGCUCCCGGUCCAACCUGCGCGCGCUGCUGACGGACCGGUUCAGCUCCACCCGGCACCACGUGACCGGCGCCGACGCCAAGCGCGCCACGGCAGAGUACUUCAUCCGGACCAUGGAGGACUACGGCAUGCAGAUCUUCAUGGACGCCUUUCUGCUGUCCGACAGGAAGAUCCAAGCGUCUAACAUCCUUGCUCUGUGGAACGGGCGCCAGUCCAACACGCCUAACGACAAGCCCGUACUGUUAGCGGCGCACUACGACACUCAACGGAACUCCCCCGGGGUGAACGACAACGGCUCCGGCAUGGCGGCGCUCAUGGAGGCGGCACGGGUCAUCUCCUCACAGCCCUGCCUGCAGGAGUACACCGUCGGCUUCGUGGCCUUUGACUUCUGGGAGAGAGAGGAUCGAAAAGAGACCCAGUCGGCCUGUUAUCAGUUCGGUUGCGGCAGCCGCCAGUGGGUGACCUACUCCCUGAUGCCUUACCUGGAACAGAGCGGCCUCACCCCCGCCAACUUCCAGGGCGUGAUCGUGAUGGACGGCAUCAUGAACUACAACAACACGGAGGGAUCCCAGGCCGUGCCGAACGCAGAGAUUUACAAGCAGACUCCAGGCGUGACCGACAUCUACAGAUCAUCAGAGGCGGACGGUUUCCGCGGGAACUUCAUUACGUCAGUGGCGCGGACGGAUUAUGACCGGACGCUGUACACCGCCUUCCAGAGGAAGUGGAACUCUCUAGGCGAUCCGCAGUACAAGCAAUACAACGCGCUGAUCCCCAUCAAAGACGUGGAGACGGACGGUCCGAAGAGCCCGUACUGGCCGGUGUACCGCUUCCUCAGCUACAGCGAUCUGUGGAGCUUCUGGAAGGACAACCCGGACCUCAAGACCAUGCUGCUCUCAGACACGGCUCAGUUGCGCGGCCGCAUGCAGCAGUGCCAGCACCGCCCCUGUGACGACAUGCGCUCCGUGACGGAGGAGAACCUUGGGAUGCUGAAGAAGACGACUGACGCCGUCAUCGCGCUGGCGCUGGAGUUCUCCAACACCAGGACCUCCUGCAGGGACCCUAUGUCGUCAGCCCCUGCCAGUUUUAAAGCCGGUCUGACCAUGGAGGGAACGCUGGAGAUAGACGGAAAUGAUUUAAAGUUUAAGCUCGUGGUGGACGCCUUCAAGCCUUCCGGGGUCGUACGGAUGACUGUGAGCAACGACGAUCUGGAAGUAUCGGACUCCCUUUCAGGCCGGUACGACGCCGAGACCCAGACGCUGACCGUGCGGCUGACGGAGCCCAUCCAGGCCGUCAGGGUGGAGCAGGACCCCUUCAAGAAGACCAACUGGAACAUGAACGGGCAGCUCAAGGCUACGGAGACGGGAGUGGAGUGGACCGGGACCUUCUAUAACCUGGAGCGGCAGGGGCACUCCGUCCCCGUCAAAUUUACCAGUGCUGACGGAGAGACAUCUCCGCAGAGCGGAUCCUCCCUGGCCCUGCCCGGUCUGCUGGGGACGGUGCUCUGUGCCAUUCUGACCCGCCUCAUGCAGUUCUGAUGUUUUCUUAAACCCUUGUCCUGCUGAGGAUUUUUUUUCAGUCUAACCCCCUUAAGCUGGUUAAUUGAUCUAAUCAGUAAAACUUGACCUAAUCGUUCCUGCUUCUGCAGAUUUACUUCCCCA